GGUUGACCGUUGUCACGUGAGGUUGAAUACACGGUCCUCACAGUGCUUCUUUUCUCAUCGCGCGAAUGUGUCUAGAGUGGUUCUCCUGCCUCCUUUACAAGAAACGAAAGCGCAACACAAAGAGAAAGGUUGGUAGGCGGGCGUCUCGUGGCACGCCAGGCAAAGAAUGGUGUCCGAUUCCAUGAAGCAUUUUGGCCUGCUCUGCCGCCAGGUCACAGCAGAGCCGUCGCUCACUAUCAAGCAAGAAAUCAUUCGUGGAUUUCUCUCGCGGUUCACGGGCGACACCGGUCUGCUGCUCAAACUGCUUCUUCCGAAAUACGCGCAACGCGUCUACUACAUUCAGGACAAACAGCUACUGCGUGUGCUGUCCCUCGUCCUGCGCGUGGACGAAGCCGCGCUGCGGGAUAAGCUGAACAGCAACGGCUGCAUCGCCGAGACCGCGUGUGCGUACUUCCACCCAACGGUAGCCGUCGACUCGGACGGCUGGUGCGGCAUGACGCUGACGGACUUCGAUGCAUUUUUGAAUAGCAUGGCUGUGGCAACCGUGGAGACAGAGCGCGUGCCCCUCUUACAGCAUUUCUUCCAAGUUGCCUGCAGUAACGUGGUGUACUACUUCUUUCGUGAAAUCAAACAGGAUUUGCGUCUCGGCGCGGGUCUUCGCGUCGUGCUUGGCGGCCUGCACCCCAGUGCGUACACCGUGUUCCAGAACUGCGCCAACGUGCAGGAGGUGGUGCGUCGCAUCCAGGCCAGCACGGCGGUCAGGGCCCCGGCUUCCGCAGCGACCGGCAGCGGUAGCGCCUCUGCCGCCCUUGAUGCCGUCGACGGUGACGACGACGACGAAAACAGCAGAGGUGACGGUGUUGCCGGUGGGGUGAACACGGCCAUCAGCAUCGGCAUCCCGCUCGCACCUAUGCUGGCCGCACCGGCACGCUCAAUUGCCCAAAUUGUAGCCAAGUGCCCCAACGGUGCCUUCUCGGAGGUGAAGUACGAUGGGGAGCGCAUUCAAAUUCACAAGAGAGGGAGCAAGCUCACGUUUUUCGCGCGCUCCCUUCGCCCGAUGCGCGCGGACAAGUUUGCUGGGUUGGAGCCUUUCAUUCUCCAGGCGAUCAAAGCGGAUGACUGCGUGUUGGAUGGCGAGAUCCUUAUGGUGGAUGUCCGCACUUCGGUUCCCCUGCCGUUCGGCACGCUUGGCAAGCACCGCCGCACGCAGUUCAGCAGCGCCUGCCCGUGCGUUUUCCUCUUUGACGUUCUCUUCUCCAACGGCCGGUCACUGCUGAAGGCGCCGCUCGAGGAGCGCCGCGAGGAGCUGAAAAAGAACGUGCAGUUUAUCCGUAAUCGCGUCAUGUUCUCAGAGUUGUGCCUCAUCGAGGGCCGCCCGGAGCAACGGGAGGCGCUGCUGCACCAGCACCUGCAGCGUGCCAUCGCGGAAGGUCUGGAAGGGCUGGUGAUCAAGGACAGGAAGAGUGUUUACGAGCCCCGUGCGCGGCACUGGCUCAAGAUCAAGAAAGACUAUCUUGAUGGUCUCGCUGACUCGGCCGAUCUGCUGGUGCUCGGUGCGUGGUUCGGCAGCGGCAACAAGGGCGGUCAGCUCUCCACCUUUUUGAUGGGCUGCGUGGACCCCUCCGUCUCGCCAGGAGGGCCAGGUCGCUUCAAGACGGUCUGCAAGGUUGGCAACGGCCUCAACGACAACCAAAUCUCCGCCAUCUCUGCCGCGUACACGACACGCAUGAUGUCCACUGCGGCCUCGAGAGACGGCCAGCGCGGCGUCCCAGCGUGGCUAGACUGCCCAUCGUGCCACCUGCCCGACAUGGUGUUGCGCGAUCCGGCGACGGCGGACGUGAUGGAGGUGAUCGGCGCCGAGCUCUUGGUGACCAAGACGCACACGAGCGGCAUCUCCGUCCGCUUCCCGCGCAUCCUGAAGAUGCGCACCGACAAAACAGUGGACACGGCAACGACUUUGCGCGAGCUGCAGCAGCUGUUUCGCACCUCGAAGGAAAAGCUGUCCUCGGCAGGCGUGGACACCUCGCUGCAGCUCGCGGACAGUUACACCGUCAUGCCGGAGGAAGAGGACAGCUCCGCGAGCGGGCCGCCUGAUACCUUUCACACCACGUCUUCUGGCCAGGCAGCUCGCACCCCCACUCCACCACCUCGGAGUUCCUCGUUGCUGUCCUCACCGGAGCGAAGUCGCCGCACCGCGCCGGCCGCCGUGACGUGCGUUGCGAUGGGCGACGUCACGGCACCGUCGAUCCCCUCGACGGAGUCCUUUGUCAUCUUUCAUUCCGUCGCCGUCCAAGGACGGUGGUCCGUCCGGGGGGUUAUGCGGCGCAUCAGCGAGGCCUACGGACCCUCCGCUGGUAAAGCCUACGACCAGGCCGCCGCGUCUAGCGUGCUGGGCCAGGUAAUUUAUGCCGAGGUGGGCCCUGUGAGUCGGCCAGGACGUGUGUUUGUGGCGUCUGCCGUUGCACAGCGCACCGCACCUCCUGGCCAAGUCCCGCCGGUGGACCAACGCGCGUUGGAGAAGGCGCUGCUGAAUGCCGCUACGUACGCCCAGCGCAACUGCGCCUCGUUGCACGUCGUCAUUCCCGCGGCGGAGACGCAGGUGCAAGUGCCACCGUUGCUGGAGCUGUUCGAUGGCCUCUGCGCCCGCUUCGACGUGCCCAUAACCGUCUACGGUGCGCCGCCACACUCAACGUCGGCGCGGCAAGCGGCGGCACCGCAGGCAGCGGCGCCUCGCAUUGAUCGCGGGGGCAACAGCAGCGGGCCGGCACGCACGCUCCCUCCGCCACCGCCACCGCCGCCGCCGCGGCCCGCCACCCCGCCAGCACCCGCCGAAGACGACGAAGACGAAAUCGAAGAUGAACUCGCAGCGCCAGCGCUUGCCGCAUCGUCUUUCUGUGCCGAUGCACCCCUGCGUUUCUCGCGUGGCCGUGGCCGCCGCUAUGCCUUGCUGCGCGAUGUUGUGGCUCAGAUUGUGCACUCCCCCUCCGACGAUGGUGCCGCUGCGGCUGCUGGCGAUGCCCAGGCCCUGCUGGAGCUGAUGCAGGGCCGUUGCGUGGCGCUUUCCGACCGCUACGAUGCUGCAGUGCCGUGCACGCACGCACUCGUUGUCGGGGAUGCGCCCGUCCCUCCUUUGGGAGGUGCGAAGCGGCACUCGGUGUUUGUGUUGAGUGCCGAAUGGGUGCGCGACUGCUUUCACGACGGAGUGCGGUACUCCGAAUGCUUGUACAAGUUGGGCAGUGCACGACCUACGGCACACCUGCUGGACGGGCAGUGUCUGCUCUUCAGUGCAGCUCUGCUGCUAAAGGACGCGCACCGCUGGCGUCGACUCGCCGUGCUGCUCGGUGCGACGGUGCACCAGUCGUGGCACGUGGUCGGGCAGCGUACCAGCUUCGCCUUGACGGACGCGUGGGACGAUGAGUGUGCGGAGGUGUACCGGCUAGGUGGGUGGGUGGUGCACUGCCAGUGGCUGGAGGACUGCGCGAUGGCUGCGGCCGUCCUGCCCCUCGACGCCUACGUGUUCUCGCCCGCGACUGACGGUCAGCUCAGCAGCUCAAAAGGUGCUCGCCGUCCGCUGGCAGGUAAAUCGGUGUGCCUCUGGCCCAAUGUUGACAUUGCGGCUCUUCCGUCGAAUCCAGUGGCGUCUUUGUGUGGUGAUGAGCUCGGUGCGACGUUGGUGGCUAGUCCCGCCGACGCCGAUCAUGUGUUGUUGAUGAUGGAUACGGCGGCAGAGCGUCAACGGGCUGCGGCAGCUGUCGGCACAAACGAGCACAAGCUUGUGAACAUGGAGUGGCUGCGGCGCUGCGCUGCUGCGGGAGAAUACCAGACGCCCACCUCGCUGCCUCCUUUGCGGAGCGGCGAGUCACCAAAGCACGCCCACGAGGCCGUGUGCGAAGAUGGCGAAGCCGUCGAGACAGCCUCAAGAGAAACGUCCAGCACCGCAUCGGACAGCAGUCUUGAAGACGCGUAG